AAACGGUUCCGCUGGCAGUUUAUUGUUGAUGCUCUGGCUGCUGUGAUUUUUAACAGCCGUCCAUUUCAUCAUAUAGAUAGACAAAUAUGUAAAAUAUCACUGGAGGCGGUCGUACAUCUCUUUAAUUGUCGGUCAGCGCCAGCUGACAGGCUGGCAGGGCGUGUCUUCGUGCUUUUGAGAGGAAAUUCAAAGCUGCAUAGCUAGUUUAGUUGAGCUGAGAGCCGGUUUGUUUACCUCUGUGAAGCAGCAGCGCUGCUACAGCGGUGGAUUAAACGGGUGAGAGUGGCGCUACAACACAACACCUGACUUACUUACUAUCUGCAAUUUCUUAGCUUCAUAUACUCACGUCGGCUCUGAACGCAAUGAGGUUAAACGCUAGCCUCCUGUGAAGCCAGAUGCAGGUUUGUGUGCGAGGCUGAAGUCGGCUUCCAGUUCGCCAGCUUGUUCGAGUUUUCCCUUUCCACCUUAAAUGGCGCAGCGAUAAUAAUAUUGAACCCAACAGGACCAUAACGUGUCAUAUUUCAAAAGUCUUUAUUUUCUAUAUAAUAAAUCGGCCUCCUUUCAGUUUUAGUCUCUGUCCUCUUAGCCAUGGGUCAUGGACGAAGCUGAAGUUGGGCUUCUUUUUUCCGUUCUACCUUAAAUGGUGCGGCAGUUAGCUUAACGUCUGUAUUAUUUAAGGUGGAACGGAAAAUUCCAAUAAGUCCGCUUUUUCAGUCUCGUUAGCUAAGUUAGCUAGUUAGCUACGGUGUCAGAGGGAGCUGCUUGGGUUCCGUUUACUGGAGAACAUUGGAUUCGUUCUUCUGCUCAUUCAGAGAGAAGGAAGCGUGAAAUACUCCCUGUAGCAGCAACCUGGUGACCAGACCUCUCAGAAAACAGAACUCGAAGUUAGCACCCGCUGAAGAAGUGAACCUGAAGGUUGUGGAGCUGAAGGGAGAUGGGGUCCCUUGGUAGCCGCUUCCAGGCUGCUCCCCGAAGCCCCGAGCCAGUGGUGGAAGGCCACUGUGUGGGAAACAGGCAUGGCUGCGAGUGCAAAAAGAGGAAAAGAGCUGCACAUUGUGAGUGUGACAGUGAACCAGAGGAGGAGGACAGCCUGCUGGACACACCACGGAGGAAGAAACUGAAAAGCACCUCUAAGUACAUCUACCAGACCCUAUUUCUGAACGGAGAAAACAGCGACAUCCGUAUCUGUGCACUGGGCCAAGAGUGGAACCUGCACAAAGUUUACUUGUGUCAGUCAGGGUAUUUCUCCAGCAUGUUCAGCGGCUCCUGGAAAGAGUCUAAUAUGAUGGUCAUUGAACUAGAGAUCCCAGACCAGAAUAUUGAUACAGAAGCUCUGCAGGUGGUGUUUGGCUCUCUCUAUAGAGACGAUGUACUGAUCAAACCCAGCAGAGUCGUCAGUAUCCUGGCUGCUGCCUGCAUGCUUCAGCUGGAUGGACUGAUCCAACAGUGUGGAGAAACAAUGAAGGAAAACGUCAGUGUUAAAACUGUGUGUGGCUACUAUGCUGCUGCUAACAUGUAUGGCCUGGACUCCGUCAUGAAGAAGUGUCUGGAGUGGCUUCUCAAUAAUCUAAUGACCCAUCAGAAUGUGGACCUAAUGAAGGAACUGGGGGUUGAAGUCAUUGAGCAACUAAUUCAGUCGUCUGACCUGUUCGUCAUGCAAGUGGAGAUGGAUGUCUACACUGCUCUGAAGAAGUGGAUGUUUCUGCAGCUCAAUCCGUCCUGGGAUGGCCCCAUCAAGCAACUCCUCGUUGAUGCGGACUCAUGGCUCUGCAAAAGAAGAAGUGAGCUAGGAGAAGAUGAGCCAUUUUUGUGCAUAGAGCAGGGGCUGCCCUUCACCCCUGUCUUUAGACACAUUCGCCUGCAGUACAUCAUCAACGACCUCGCCUCCGCCCGCAUCCUGGAACGGGACAAUAUCAUUCCACCUGAUUGGUUGUCCAGUAUAUAUAAACAGCAGUGGUUUGCCAUGCUGAGGACAGAACACGACAAUGACAACGGACCACAAGAGGCCAAUAAGGAGGAAUUUGAGCGGAACAGCAUGCGCUGCGGCCGGAAACUGAAUAAGGAUGGAGAUUACUGCUGGAGAUGGACCGGCUUUAAUUAUGGUUUUGAUCUGCUGGUCACCUACACCAACCGCUUCAUCGUCUUCAAAAGGAAUACCCUCAGCCAACCAUGUGGGGGCGCUGUCAGCCUACAGCCACGACGACACCUUGCAUUCAGGUUACGGCUGGCUUCGUUUGACAGCAGUGGUAAGCUGAUUUGUAGUCGUUCUACAGGCUACCAGCUCCUCACUCUGGAGAAGGACCAGAGCUGAUACAUUUCGUCCGGUGUAGACUUGCGACCUAAAUGUCACUGGAUCCUCUGAUUAUAAGGUCACCACAAAGUUAAAAUAUGAUUAUACUUAUAUAAUGUCACUGUCAGGACACUCCCUCGUCUUCACAUUAGUAACUUUGUAGGAGAAGGAAAAACUGAUUUUAACUUUCAAGGAAAGUUAUUGUAAUUAAAUCUGGAUGAGGGUAAAUGUAGGUAAAUUUGGAGCAUUUUUGUAGGUCCAUCAUUAAAUUUUCACAUAAUGUAAAGGGGGGCUAGCACUUUCAAAUGAUGUUAAGUUUUUUUAAAAACAUAAAUGUGACAAAAAUGGAGGGAAUCUUUUGCCUCCAACGCGAUUAUUUUCUGAAUGUAACAUAUUGCUUAAUAUGUAAGUUGGUUGUUUUACUUCAUUUUAAUGUGUUUUCAUUAUAUAUUUUGUAAACCUGUUUUUUUUUUUUAAUAUAUUUUAUAUACAUCUUUUUGUCUUAAAGAUUUUUAUUUGUUUUGGUUGGUAAAUUUCAUUGAAUCUUUUUAAUCCCUUUUAAAUUGCUCAGAUACACUGUAAAUGAGGGUCACGCUCAAAGUACUUCCGGUUGAUUUAUGUUAACCCAUUUUGAUUUGGCAAAUCAACACUGUUUGAGCAAGGGUGUUGAAGCUUUUGCACACUUAAUGUAAAUACGUUAUCUCAUGAUAUCCAAACUGUAUAAGGACACUUUUUGAAGAGGCUCUUUUGCUGCAGGAGUACGUGGUGAUGAACCUGGACAGCCGUCUCUUGUCCUUCCCGCUGUACGUGUGCUGUAACUUCCUGUACACCUCACCCACCUCAGAGCGCCGGGCCGACGCAGGAGAACCAGAGAGCAGCGCUCGCAGCGUGUCAUGAUUC